GGUCGGAAGAUUGGGACAAAAUUAUGAUUGAUUUUGAGAAGUAUAUAAUGCCUGGAGUGACACAUUGGCAACACCCGAGGUUUCACGCGUACUUCCCGGCCGGCAAUUCCUACCCAUCAAUACUCGCUGAUAUGCUUUCCGACGGCAUCGGAUGUGUUGGCUUUUCAUGGGCAGCGAGUCCUGCCUGUACUGAAUUGGAGAUAAUAAUGUUGGAUUGGAUGGGAAAGAUGAUUGGUUUGCCGAAGGAAUUCCUUUGCCUUUCAGAUCAUAAAAGUAAAGGCGGAGGAGUUAUA